AAGAAAUGGGCUGGGCUUUUGUAAAUUUAGUUGCUUGCUCUUAAUUGCAUGGCCCAGACUUACUCGGGGAUUACCUCUCAGUUCGCUCCCAAGACUCUUUCCUGUUCCUCAAUCCUUCUCUCUCUCUCUCUCUCUCUCUCUCUCUCUCUCUCUCUCUCUCUCCGCCCGUGCCUGUGUUGGUGUUAUGGGCAGCUCGGUCCCGCGCUUCCCGGUCACCCACAAGAGCCUCUCGUUGGAUAUCAAGGGGAACAAAACAGAUGUUGUCCUUUGCAGUUACGAUGACCAUUUUCUCGUUGUUGCAACUCAAAUAGGAGCUAUGGGAACAAUACUGCAUGCCAGGAAGGAGGAAGGGGUGUCAAUCGAGCCAACAUUCAACGUGUCUUCAAUAUUUGGAAAACGAGAUGAGCCAAUGCUACCGGCAUGUGCUCGUAAAUUAAUUGAACACAUCAGCACCUCUGGCUCCCCCAAAUCGUUGGUGCUUUCUCUUGGACUCAAGGACCAUUCUGUGGAGACACUCAGGGGAAUUGUUUCUGCUGUGAUUGACAACCGCCUCUGGUAGCAUUUCGUAGCUGAACUCAAAACUAUUUUGCUCAAACCCUUUGAUUUUGUUUUUAUAAUCCUGGAGUGAUCCUUCCAGCAUUUUGCAGAUUGAUGAUUACUCUUUUGUUACAUUUUAGUUCAGAAUUAGCAACGUACAACUUCCCAAUGUGUAACUUAACAGUUACCCGUAAUUUCGAUUAUUGUUUAAUGAGUUUUUUCAGUUUGCUGGUUCCUAAAAA